CGCCAUAACACCACCAUCACCAAUGCCUUCCACUGCGACAAGAAAACCGCCACCACCACCGCCGCCACGAAUAACAACAACAACAAGUACUUCUCGUUCUCUAGAUUCUCCUCUGUUUUCCGCAAAAACCGCGUCGAAACUCAUGAGAGCGUCUCUGUUUCCGUUUCUGAACCCUCAAGGUCGGUGAAGAAAAUGGGAAGCACCGCCAAGGAGGUUAUAAGAAAGUAUCUGAACAAAGUGAAGAAGCCAUUGUUGUUCUCUCACAAACAUAAUAAGGAUCACCAGAAAACAACGCAAGCGUCAUCGUCGUCUUCGAAAAAAGUAGCAAACAGAUCCGCCAUGGAAACACAGAACGCUCCUCCUCCUCCUCCUUCUUAUUCUUCUUCAUCAUCAUUUUCCUGCUUGAAGAAGGAAACGACGGAGAUCAAUAAAAGCGCACUGGUUUCUUCUUCGUCGCAUUCUUCCUUCUCGGGAAACUUGAACUACCCUCGACGAAAGAGCAUCUACGUUUCAAGCUGCCCUUCGUCCAUGAGGUCCUCUCCGACACACUCCGGCGUUCUCUCCACCGCCGGAGGGUUCUCUUACGCUGAUACUUCGACAACGGAAGAGUUGCAGAACGCAAUCCAAGGAGCCAUCGCUCAUUGCAAGAACUCGUUGGCUCAGAACAAAGACUAUGGUGCAGUUUGUUUCAGGAUCUGAUUAACCCAAAAUUAUGAUCUGAAAAAAAAAAAGGGUUGCCUUUUCUAUGUCUACUUUUGUGUGUCUGUGAUUUCUCACGUUAGGGAAUCUGACACGAAAGUGAUGUAAAAAGAGUUGCAUGGUAAGAUAGCAUGGAAAAUUGGAACCCUUUAUGACCGUUUAUGAUCAUGCCCCUUUCAAAGUGUAAUUUUACUACUUUUGUGUGUGGUGUGUAUAAUAAUUACAUUAAUUAAUUAACUUCAUCAUCAUGGGUUAUUUAGCUGCUAUAUAUGCAACAAGAUUCCUUUGUAGCUGAUGAGAAUCUCUUAAGUUAAUUAUUUGAUUGAUUAUGGAAAUUGACUUUUGUUAAA